AAACUUAAACGACGGCGUGCCUCGAUAAGUUUCGAUAGAGUGCGCUCUUCAAAAAGUCAUCCUUAGUAAGCUAAUUAGCACCGACUGUGCAGCAGCAUGCAGCGCCCGGCAAUUAUCUCAAAUAUUUUAAGCUUUCGGAAUUAGGAAUGUUUUCAGGUAUUGGUCAAAAACUGGUGCAGCUGUCAACUGCUCACUUCAGUUGCAGAGUCAGCUUCACUAAGCAUCCACACUUGUACCAACAAAUAGGAGGGAUCCAGCAAAUCUAUUGUUACCAUGAAUCAGGAAACCUAUUUGCGAAAAAGGGGAAGAAGAAUCAGCCUAAGGUGGAUGUGAGUCGCUCGAUAGAUGAAGACAUUCUGAAUUUAGAUGAAGUCAACACUAGCAUGAGUUCUUGUAUAGAAAAAUUAAAAGAUGACUUUGUGAAGAAGAUUGCACUAAGAACAGCUCAAGGUGCUUUGGAUCAUAUUGUGGUGAAGACAAAUGAUGGCAAAUUUCCUCUCAAUCAACUUGGUCAAAUUUCAGCAAAGUCUCCUCAUCUGCUUGUAGUCAAUAUUUAUUCACAGUAUGUAAAAGAAGCAGCAAAAGCUAUUCAAGUUAGCGGUAUGAACUUAAACCCAAAAAUCGAAGGCACCUCAAUACAAGUACCUAUACCAAAAGUUACUAAAGAACAUAGAGAGGCACUUGCAAAGACUGCUAAGGAGAUGUGUGAUAAAACAAAAGUUGAUCUGAGGAAUAACAGGUCAAAGUUCAUUUCAAGAAUUAAGAAGCAUUCUGCUUCAAAAGAUGUUCUGUUCCAACUUGAAAAACAAGUAUCACAGAUAUCUGACAACUUCAAUGAAAGAGCAGAUUUUAUAUUGAAAGAAAAAACAAAAGAAUUAUUAGAAAAUACAUAGCAAAUCCAAAGCUAAAUAAAUUACUUAAAAAUACAUCUGUACAAAUACCAGUAAUAGAAUAAUCAGAACUAUUUUCAAUAAAACAGUAAAGAAACACUGAAAA